AUGUUUGGCUGCCUGUGCAGGAGCGACCAGCUGAACGUGGGCGACUACAUCCGAGCCGUUAACGGCAUCAACCUGUCCAAGUUCAGACACGACGAGAUCAUCAGUCUGCUGAAGAACGUCGGGGAGCGAGUCGUUCUGGAGGUGGAGUACGAACUACCGCCUGUCUCGGUCCAGGGGUCAGGGGUCAUGUUCAAGAACGUAGAAGUCACGCUUCACAAAGAUGGAAACAGCUUUGGUUUCGUCAUCAGAGGGGGGGCUCAUGAAGACAGGAACAAGUCCCGGCCGAUCGUGAUAACGACCGUACGGCCCGGCGGCCCGGCCGACAGAGAAGGAACCGUCAAGCCCGGAGACCGGCUGCUGAGCAUCGACGGGAUCCGUCUCCACGGGAACACGCUGUCGGAGGCCAUGAGCAUCCUGAAGCAGUGCGGGCAGGAAGCCACGCUGCUGCUCGAGUACGACGUCUCGGUGAUGGAUUCCGUUGCCACGGCGUCGGGGCCGCUGCUGGUGGAGGUUGCCAAGGCAACCGGCUCCAGCCUGGGCGUGGCCCUGUCUACCUCCAUGUUCUGCAGCAAGCAGGUGAUCGUCAUCGAUAAGGUGAAACCAGCCAGCAUAGCGGACAGAUGUGUUAGCCAGGUGUCUGCUAAGCGCUAG